AUGAGUUAAGGGUUAGAAGAACCAGUUUAUUCAAAGAAGGAAAAGUAAUAAGCAAAAUUAAAGGAGUUUAGAGAAUAUUUAGUUGAUAAAGAAGUUGUUUUAGCCAUUGUCAAAUACCUCUUAUCAAUCAAAAAUUCAAAGGACUUACCUGAAAACCCUUUGCAAGCUUUAACUGAUUAUUUCGGAACAUACAAAGAUCAAAAUGAAUGGGAAGUAUUUGACAAUUUAACAAAAAGCGUGAAUGAUACAAAAGAUGAAAAUGAAAGACUAGAGCAAGAAAUAAUUUCAAUCAAGUAACAAAUAGAAUAAGCAAAAAUUGAUAAGAUAAGACGUGAAGAAGAAGAAAAAUAAAGAGAAUUAGAAGAAUAAAAUAAUAAAAAGGGAGGAAAGAAACCACCUGCUAAAAAGUGA